UGGUUACCAGAUCAACAAUUUUUCGAAAAACUGAGUGUCUCCGUGCCGCAACUCUGUGUCGUUUUAUCUUAGAGAUGGUAGUAUCCGUGGACACAAAACAUUGAAAGGAAUCAGGAGGGCAAACUCAAACUAUGCAAAAAUACCUGCUUGCUCUGCCGCAGAGCCACAGGCUCGCAAGAAUGGCACAAACUCAACACUGACUUACGGUCUUGGCAGCAUUAGCAGCUAUCUAAUCCUAGCACUCGUCGGGACCAAGAUACUUGAGCUUUGUAGCAGUUGCGAGAGAGCACUGAGGUCCUGCUGAGGUGCGACCACAUGACGCAGCGCUUUUUUUCUUUCCAUGCCAAUCAAGAUGAAGUUUACGUCUACCCUUUGCGCUUUUUUCUCGCGUGUCGUAUCCUAGUUUUGCUUCUCCGCAAGCUUGACAAUUUUGAAAAUGAUGAUGAAGCAGCUACGUUCUUCGUGCAGCGCGGAUCAUCCGCUUGCGCGCCGUGCCCAACUCAGGCUCCGCCUCCUUCUCCAGAGGCGAACUGUUUGCGCGUCACCCAAUAAAACGGCGUUGCUGUCUCCGGUCCUUGCAGCUUCACAACAAGGGCGAAUAACCUCGAUUUUUCUCAAUAAGACGCGCAAUUUCAGCGCCACAGGCAUGUCGGAGGCGGAGCUGCGCACCGCGCUCGCGUUGCUGGCGGGCUGGAAACCUGGGAGAAACUACUCCGACGCCGAGAACGACGCUUUCUGGCAGGCGAAACAGCUGGUGAAGAGCAUGGUGCACCCCGUGACGCAGGAGGUGAUGUUUUUGCCCGGCCGCAUGUCCGCGUUCGUGCCCGUAAACGCACCCACCGCGAUGGGGAUGCUGCUCCACGGGCCGACGGGUCCCGCGGCCGCCGCGUUCUGGCAGUUCAUGAACCAGAGGGGAAACGCCAUGACUAAUUACGUGAACCGGUCGGGCGCCACCGUGGGAACGUCCGCUUUGUUCAUGAGUUUCGCGUCCGCCUGCACGGUGUCCGUCACGGUCGCGCUCGGAAUGGGCAGACUCGUCGCGCGGAAUCCGGCGCUGAAAAGCCUGCAGGAAUUUUCCACCUUCAUCGAAAAACAGAGUUUCUCCGUGCCGCAACUCUGUGUCCUGAGCGACCUAGAAGUCCUAGAUGUCCAGACAGUCACGACUGAAAGCCCCGAAAGACCUAGGUACUUAACAUCGACCGACGGGCAUAUUACGGGCUACGCCACCUCACUACCACAGGCGCGUGCGCGCUUGAAGCUGCUCUGGUUGGUUUUGCUCUUGGUGGCGAAGAUUCCUCACAUCUCAGUGCCAUAGUAUGCGGCUGAUCCAGGUCCCAUUGUCGGAACGCCCAGGAAAGAGGGCUAAGGCAACUCGAAGGCGCGGGCCGUCAUGGCGCUGCUGGGGCGGUAGGAACGAGAAAAAAGGCACCGAGCCACCAAAAUCAAAAAUCAAUGGCAAAGCAGCUGUACGCAAGCUAAAGAACUUUUCCACGAACUGUGGCACGCAUCGCAGUUUUAUUUCUUUCUACAGCGCCGGCGCCGCAAACCUUAACCUGGUGCCAAUUUGCCAUUCCAAAACUUACGGCGCGGCGAGGUGCUUGUUUGCGCUACAGCUUGUAGGAUGUGGAGACGGACAAGCACAACUAAACCGCACAUACAGCGCAUUCUGUGUGCAAUUCAUUUUUUCGGAAUAGUCGAUACCA